AGCAUGACGUCAUCCUCGGGUUAUGGUAAACAAAAUUAAUAGUAUUUCUUUAAUCAUGUCGGAGAGCGUUUAAAAUGCAAUAAGAAUUAAAGGAAGAAGAUGACCGCUAGUUGCCUAAGCCCCCUUUCGUAUAGAUGGCAAGAUCCUAUAUCGACCUACAAGCGGGACUACCUGGGAGAACUUCCGACAAAAGAGUUAGAAAAACCUAUUGUAUUUGAACCGAUUCCCAUCAGUCUAUACAGAACCGAUUUUAAAGGGGUGUUCUGGCCCGCUCGGCAUUACAAGGACUUACUCUUUUACCAGACCUCGGUGCAAAGGAGAAAGCAUGCCGGUGCUUAUGAAUCGAGGGAUCGAGGGCAAAGCAAGAAGAUCGUCAGACGACCUCCGGAUAAUUACCCCGUUUUGAGAAAAGACCCAGACAGACCGCCCGUGAAGAUAUCGUUGCCAGAACGCCCCAAAAUACCCAGCUACCACCCGGAUGAAAGUAGGCGUGGUAAACCAUGGCCCGUUCCGCACAAGGAAAUGGCGGCAAAGUACCCAGACAUGGAUAUGUACAAGGUCGACGAGCUGGCCUACAAUGUCAGAUGGACGACCUCAACGCGGCAACAACAAGAAGAGGGGGCCCUUCCUGUAACACAAAUUGAUCCCAAAAGGUUAACCUUUGAAAAACGGGCCGAUCCUGUGAGGUUCGAUAUUCAGCGAUAUUACUCACCCAUGCAAGACUGGCAAAAAGUCGACAUGUGGGAUCGCUACCAAGUGAGAGCACCCGUGCCCAGAGUCAUCCCCCCUGUUGAGACUAGAGACGUCAUGGCGAGAUACGUAAAGAAAAAGCUGGAAACUAGACACGAUAAUAUAGAGGCCAUGGAGAAAGAGAAGUUAGACAGAAUUAAAAAACUGGUUGAAAACGACCAAGUGUCUAGUCAGUAUAUUCCAAAAGUUAUAAACUAUGCUGGAUAUAUUCCAAGGCAGCCCAAAGAGAACAUCGUAAAAUCUGGUGCACCUCCAAAUCCUGCAAUGCAAAGCACUACUAUGAUGUCAUACAGACAACUUCCGCCCCUUGAAGGCAUUAGUGAUUCCACUCAGAAUGGACAAAAUGCUCCAUUAGCAUCCAGCAUCAGCCUUGUGAAUCCACACAACACGUUCAACAAGAAGAACAACGUAUGCCAGCAUAUACAAAACAAAUUCUAUAGCCGCGAUUUCUUGACUACUUAAGAGAAGAAAUAUGCCAAGAAAAGUUAUUAAAGAGAUCCUCUCAACCCAAAA